AUGAAGUUCCUCGGAGCAGCCCUCGCGUUCUCGGGCCUGGCCGCCGCCGUUGCCUCGGACCCCGUGGUCCGCGACACUAUUCCCGAAGCCAAGGUCACAUAUGACAACUAUCACAUCUACCGUAUCCGCGCCGAGUCGCCGCGCGACAUUGAAGACAUCGAAGCCCGUCUGGCGUCAUUCCACUCGGUCCACUCGGCUGACGCCCUUGAGGUCGCCAUCCCGCCGAACGAGGUCCGCUCGUUCGAGGGCAUGGGCUUCGACUACACCCUCCUGACGCGCGACAUGGGCAAGCAGAUCCGUGACGAGGCCGCCCACCCUGUCACGUACCGCCGGUCUCUCGACCGCCGCGGCGAGCUGCCCGACCUGUCGUGGUUCGACAGCUACCACUCGUACGCCGAGCACCUGGAGUACUGGGACGACCUCGUCGCGGCGUUCCCCGAGAACAGCGAAAAGUUCACGCUGGGGCCAUCGUAUGAGGGGCGUGACAUUCACGCCUUCCACCUCUGGGGCGGCGAGGGCAAGAAAGGCGACAAGCCCGUCAUUCUCUGGCACGGUACUGUCCACGCCCGUGAGUGGAUUAGCACCAUGGUUGUUGAGUAUCUCACGUACCAGCUCAUCGACGGAUACAAGAACGGCGACAAAAACGUGACCUCUUUCUUCGACGACUACGAGUUUUGGAUCAUUCCCUUCCACAACCCCGACGGGUUCGCCUACACGCAAACGACCAACCGCCUGUGGCGCAAGAACCGCCAGCCGCGCCGCAACACGACCUGCAUCGGCACCGACAACAACCGCAACUGGAACUACCAGUGGUACUUUGAGCCCGCCGAGGGCUCCGUCUCCCCCGACCCCUGCUCCGAGUCCUUCAAGGGCCGCUGCCCCGGCGACACGCCCGAGAACGUCGCCGUCUCGGCCCUCUCCCGCAAGCUCGCCGAGGGCCCCCACGGCAUCCGCUCCUACAUCGACUGGCACUCCUACUCGCAGCUCAUCCUCACCCCCUGGGGCUGGUCCUGCGACGCCGCCGACCUGCCCGCGACGCUGCCGCGCAUGCGCGAGGUCGGCCAGGGCACCGCCGCCGCCAUCAAGGCCUCGAGCGGCCGCAACUACACCGUCGGUCCCGCCUGCGAGGUCCUCUACUUCUCGACCGGCACCGGCCGUGAUUUCCACCACGGCGCCGCCGAUGCGAGCCACUCGUGGACGCUGGAGCUGCCGCCUGCGAACGCUCGUGAUGGCGGCUUCAUUCUGCCCCCUGCGCAGAUCUGGCCUACUGUCAAAGAGCAGUGGGCCGGGCAGCUCUACCUGCUGAACGAAGUCCGCAAGGACUGA